GAAAAAUUUAGAUUUGUUGAUACAUUUUUGAAUUCACUAAAUCUUGGAUGAAUUUACGAGGAUGGUGUGGACAAAGCGAGAAAGUUGUGAGACUGGCAGCAGUUGCAGUGCUGCUGCCAGAAAGUUUUAUUCAUAUGAAGGAACUAAUAACAAAGAUGAGCUUGUACAACAAAGUGAUGAAUCUAAAAGUCUUAUUAAGUACAUAAGUGAUCAAAUAAUUGGCAAAGACACAGUAUUCCAGUCUCCAUUUGGAUGCAAGAAAGUUGUGUACUGCGACCACACAGCGUCAGGCCGCCCCCUGCAGUUCAUAGAGGACUACCUCAGCACCCACGUCCUCCCCCACUACGGCUCCACCCACACCACCGCCACCCACACCGCCCGCCAGACCACCAUGUUCAGGCACGAGGCACGUGACGUGCUACGUAGCGCCGUGAGGGCGUCAGAAGAGGACCGGGUGCUGCUGACGGGGACGGGCGCGACGGGGGCGCUGGUGCGCCUCCUGCACGGCCUCGCCCUCACAGAGCUCCCGUGA